AUGUCUUGUGAGAGGAAAGGCCUCUCGGAGCUGCGAUCGGAGCUCUACUUCCUCAUCGCCCGGUUCCUGGAAGAUGGACCCUGUCAGCAGGCGGCUCAGGUACGGCGGCGCGCGGCGCGGGCCGAGCCGCUGCUGCCCCGCCGCACCGACUGGACCGGGAAGGAGCAUCCCAGGACCUACCAGAAUCUGGUGAAGUAUUACAGACAUUUAGCACCUGAUCACUUGCUGCAAAUAUGUCAUCGGCUAGGACCUCUUCUUGAACAAGAAAUUCCACAAAGCGUUCCUGGAGUACAAACUUUAUUAGGAGCUGGAAGACAGUCCUUGCUACGCACAAAUAAAAGCUGCAAGCAUGUUGUGUGGAAAGGAUCUGCUCUGGCUGCAUUGCAUUGUGGAAGACCACCCGAGUCACCAAUUAACUAUGGUAGCCCACCCAGCAUUGCGGAUACUUUGUUUUCACGGAAGCUGAAUGGGAAAUACAGGCUUGAACGACUUGUUCCAACGGCAGUAUAUCAGCACAUGAAAAUGCAUAAACGAAUUCUUGGACACUUGUCAUCUGUGUACUGUGUAACUUUUGAUCGAACUGGCAGACGGAUAUUUACUGGUUCUGAUGACUGUCUUGUGAAAAUCUGGGCAACAGAUGAUGGGAGAUUAUUAGCUACUUUAAGAGGACAUGCUGCUGAAAUAUCAGACAUGGCUGUAAACUAUGAGAAUACCAUGAUAGCAGCUGGAAGUUGUGAUAAAAUGAUCCGAGUCUGGUGUCUUCGAACGUGUGCACCUUUGGCUGUUCUUCAGGGCCACAGUGCAUCUAUAACAUCACUACAGUUCUCACCAUUGUGCAGUGGCUCAAAGAGAUAUCUGUCUUCUACUGGGGCAGAUGGCACUAUUUGUUUUUGGCUGUGGGAUGCUGGAACCCUUAAAAUAAAUCCGAGACCUGCUAAAUUUACAGAGCGCCCUCGGCCUGGAGUUCAAAUGAUCUGUUCUUCUUUUAGUGCUGGUGGAAUGUUUCUGGCCACAGGAAGCACAGAUCAUAUUAUUCGGGUUUAUUUUUUUGGAUCAGGUCAGCCAGAGAAAAUAUCAGAAUUGGAGUUCCAUACUGACAAAGUUGACAGUAUCCAGUUUUCCAACACUAGCAACAGAUUUGUAAGUGGGAGUCGUGAUGGGACAGCACGUAUUUGGCAAUUUAAACGAAGAGAAUGGAAGAGCAUUUUGUUGGAUAUGGCUACUCGUCCAGCAGGCCAAAACCUUCAAGGAGUAGAAGAUAAAAUUACAAAAAUGAAAGUAACUAUGGUAGCUUGGGAUCGACAUGACAAUACAGUUAUAACCGCAGUUAAUAACAUGACUCUGAAAGUUUGGAAUUCUUACACCGGUCAACUAAUUCAUGUCCUGAUGGGUCAUGAAGAUGAGGUAUUUGUCCUUGAGCCACACCCAUUCGAUCCGAGAGUUCUCUUUUCUGCUGGUCACGAUGGAAACGUGAUAGUGUGGGAUCUGGCAAGAGGAGUCAAAAUUCGAUCUUAUUUCAAUAUGAUUGAAGGCCAAGGACAUGGCGCGGUGUUUGACUGCAAAUGCUCUCCUGAUGGUCAGCAUUUUGCAUGCACAGACUCUCAUGGACAUCUUCUAAUUUUUGGCUUUGGCUCCAGUAGUAAAUAUGACAAGAUAGCAGAUCAGAUGUUCUUUCAUAGUGAUUAUCGGCCCCUUAUUCGUGAUGCCAACAACUUUGUAUUAGAUGAACAGACUCAGCAAGCACCUCAUCUCAUGCCUCCCCCUUUUUUGGUUGACGUUGAUGGUAAUCCUCAUCCAUCAAGAUACCAGAGAUUAGUUCCUGGUCGUGAAAAUUGCAGGGAGGAGCAACUCAUCCCUCAGAUGGGAGUAACUUCCUCAGGACUGAACCAAGUUUUAAGUCAGCAAGCAAACCAGGAGAUCAGCCCAUUGGACAGCAUGAUUCAAAGACUACAACAGGAGCAAGACCUGAGACGUUCUAGUGAAGCCGGUAUCAGUAAUACCAGCCGUUUAAGUAGAGGCUCUGUAAGUUCUACCUCAGAGGUUCAUUCACCACCAAAUGUAGGACUAAGGCGUAGUGGACAAAUUGAAGGUGUACGGCAAAUGCACAGCAAUGCACCAAGAAGUGAAAUAGCCACAGAGCGGGAUCUGGUAGCUUGGAGUCGAAGGGUGGUGGUACCUGAGCUAUCAGCCGGUGUAGCCAGUAGGCAGGAAGAAUGGAGAACUGCAAAGGGAGAGGAAGAAAUAAAAACUUAUAGAUCAGAAGAGAAAAGAAAACACCUUACUGUUCCAAAAGAAAAUAAAAUACCCUCUGUUGCAAAGAAUCAUGCUCAUGAGCAUUUCCUGGAUCUUGGAGAAUCCAAACGGCAGCAGGCAAAUCAACACAAUUACCGUACAAGAUCUGCUUUGGAGGAGACUCCUAGACCUUCAGAAGAGAUAGAAAAUGGCACUAGUUCUUCAGAUGAAGGUGAAGUUGUUGCUGUCAGUGGUGGGACAUCUGAAGAGGAAGAGCGAGCAUGGCACAGUGAUGGCAGUUCUAGUGACUACUCUAGUGACUAUUCUGACUGGACGGCAGAUGCAGGAAUUAAUCUGCAACCACCAAAGAAAAUUCCUAAGCAUAAAACCAAGAAAGCAGAAAGCAGUUCAGAUGAAGAAGAAGAAUCUGAAAAACAGAAGCAAAAACAGAUUAAAAAAGAAAGGAAAAAAGUAAAUGAAGAAAAAGAUGGACAAAUAUCACCAAAGAAAAAGAAGCCCAAAGAAAGAAAACAAAAGAGAUUGGCUGUGGGAGAACUAACGGAGAAUGGUUUGACAUUAGAAGAAUGGUUACCUUCAACAUGGAUUACAGAUACUAUUCCCCGAAGAUGUCCAUUUGUGCCACAGAUGGGUGAUGAGGUUUAUUACUUCCGGCAGGGACAUGAAGCUUAUGUUGAAAUGGCCCGGAAAAAUAAGAUUUACAGUAUCAAUCCCAAAAAACAGCCGUGGCAUAAAAUGGAACUACGGGAACAAGAACUGAUGAAAAUAGUUGGCAUAAAGUAUGAAGUGGGAUUGCCUACCCUUUGCUGCCUUAAACUUGCUUUUCUAGAUCCUGAUACUGGUAAACUGACAGGCGGAUCAUUUACCAUGAAAUACCAUGAUAUGCCUGAUGUUAUAGAUUUUCUCGUCUUGAGACAACAAUUUGAUGACGCAAAAUAUAGGCGGUGGAACAUAGGUGACCGUUUCAGAUCAGUCAUAGAUGAUGCUUGGUGGUUUGGAACAAUUGAAAGCCAGGAACCUCUUCAGCCUGAGUAUCCUGAUAGUUUGUUUCAGUGCUAUAAUGUUUGCUGGGACAAUGGAGACACAGAAAAGAUGAGUCCCUGGGAUAUGGAGCUUAUUCCUAAUAAUGCUGUAUUUCCUGAAGAACUAGGUACUAGUGUUCCUUUAACUGACGUUGAAUGCAGAUCAUUGAUCUAUAAACCUCUUGAUGGAGAAUGGGGUUCCAAUCCCAGGGAUGAAGAAUGUGAAAGAAUUGUUGCAGGAAUAAACCAGUUGAUGACACUGGAUAUUGCUUCAGCAUUUGUGGCCCCUGUGGAUCUACAAGCCUAUCCCAUGUAUUGCACUGUAGUGGCAUAUCCAACGGAUUUAAGUACAAUUAAACAAAGACUGGAAAACAGGUUUUACAGGCGAGUUUCUUCCCUAAUGUGGGAAGUUCGAUACAUAGAGCAUAAUACACGGACAUUUAAUGAGCCUGGAAGCCCUAUUGUGAAAUCUGCUAAGUUUGUGACUGAUCUUCUUCUACAUUUUAUAAAGGAUCAGACUUGUUACAACUUAAUUCCACUGUACAAUUCAAUGAAGAAGAAAGUUUUGUCUGACUCUGAGGAAGAAGAGAAAGAUGCUGAUGUGCCAGGAACUUCUACCCGAAAAAGAAAGGACCAUCAACCUAGAAGAAGAUUACGUAACAGAGCUCAAUCUUAUGAUAUUCAAGCGUGGAAGAAACAAUGUCAAGAAUUGUUAAAUCUCAUAUUUCAAUGUGAAGAUUCUGAGCCUUUCCGCCAGCCAGUAGAUCUCCUUGAAUAUCCAGACUACAGAGACAUCAUUGACACUCCAAUGGAUUUUGCUACUGUUAGAGAAACUUUAGAGGCUGGGAAUUAUGAGUCACCAAUGGAAUUAUGUAAAGAUGUCAGACUUAUUUUUAGCAAUUCAAAAGCCUAUACACCAAGCAAAAGAUCAAGGAUUUACAGCAUGAGUUUGCGCCUGUCUGCUUUCUUUGAAGAACAUAUUAGUUCAGUUUUAUCAGAUUAUAAAUCUGCUCUUCGCUUUCAUAAAAGAAAUACAAUAACCAAAAGGAGGAAGAAAAGAAACAGAAGCAGCUCUGUUUCCAGUAGUGCUGCAUCAAGCCCUGAAAGGAAAAAAAGGACAUUAAAACCCCAGCUAAAGUCUGAUAUCUCUACCUCUCCAUUCUCUACACCUACACGAACAAUACCACCACGGCAUAAUGCCACUCAGAUAAAUGGUAAAACAGAAUCCAGUUCUGUAGUUCGAACCAGAAGCAAUCGAGUGGUUAUAGAUCCAGUUACCACUGAGCAACCAUCUACUUCUUCAGCAGCAAAGACUUUAAUUUCAAAAGCUAAUACAUCUGCAAUGCCAGGGAAGACAAUUCUAGAGAAUUCUGUGAAACAUUCCAAAACCUUGAAUACUCUUUCAAGCCCUGGUCAGUCCAGUAUCAGUCAUGGCACUAGGAAUAAUUCUGCGAAAGAAAACGUGGAAAAGGAAAAGCCAGUCAAACGUAAAGUGAAAUCAUCUGUCCUCUCAAAAACAUCCACUCUUACAAAGUCAUCACCUAUCAUUGAGCAAGCAGAUUGUAAGAACAAUGCUCUCAUACCAGGAAGCAUUCAAGUAAAUGGCCAUGGAGGGCAGCCAUCCAAACUUGUGAAGAGAGGACCUGGAAGGAAGCCUAAGGUAGAAGUUACUACCAACAGUGGUGAAGUUACACACAAGAAAAGGGGUAGAAAGCCCAAAAAGCUACAGUAUGCAAAGCCAGAAAAUUCAGAGCAAAAUAAUGUGCAUUCAAUCAGAGAUGAAGUAGUUCCUUCUUCAACAUGCAGUUUUCUUUCUGAAACUAAUACUGUAAAGGAGGAUUUGUUACAGAAGAAAAGUCGUGGAGGCAGAAAACCAAAAAGGAAGAUGAAGACACAAAAACUAGAUUCAGAUCUCAUAGUUCCUACAAGUGUUAAAAUGCUAAGGAGAAGUAACCGAAGAAAGACAGAUGAUCCUAUGGAUGAGGAAGAAGAGUUUGAGGAACUUAAAGGCUCUGAGCCCCACAUGAGAACUAGAAACCAAGGUCGAAGGACAGCUUUCUAUAAUGAGGAGGAUUCUGAAGAGGAACAAAGGCAGCUGUUGUUCGAAGACACCUCUUUGACUUUCGGAACUUCUAGUAGAGGACGAGUCCGAAAGUUGACUGAAAAAGCAAAAGCUAAUUUAAUUGGUUGGUAACUUGUACCAAAAUAUUUUCCUUCAAAAUCAUAAAGCAGGUACAGUUAAGGAAUAUGUAGAACUAAGGCUUCUGCUUCCUUGCUGCUAUGGUGGAUUAGGGAAUGUUAUGAUUUGAUUUGCAAAAAAACAAACUAACUUACAAGACACUUCACUUCUUUAAAUGAAUAUAUAUAUAUAAAUAUAUACAUAUAUAUUUUAAAUGUUUGCUAUUUAUUGCCCUUAGAUAGGUUAUGCAUUUCAACAUUCAUUUCAUUCACUGUUUGAAACAAAAGAAAUUGAGGACCUAUAAUGAAUUCCCAGUUUAUUUCUGGAAAAGACAGUUCUGCUACACUCUUGAGGAGCAUAAUAUUCCUAGUGAUAUAGAGCAUUUCAUGUUAAAAUGAAUUAUUUUUGACCAAGCCAGGUACAUUUCUAUGGAUACAGAAGUUGUGCCCCUAGGAAGACAGAUGUUACCAGAGUAGCAGUAAAUUAAGAAGUGUGUUUCCUCUAAAGAUAAAUAUAAAAUUCCCACCAUUUGAUACCCUAAAAAGUUUAAUUUUAAUUAUAGAAUGUUCAUCUACAAAGAAUCUAGACAAGGCUUUUGCUGUAUUCCAUUUCUGCCAAACUUAAGAGAAAAUGUACUUAUGAAAAGGAAACAUAUCCACAUUGGAAAACAUUUGACUGUCUAAUUUUUCAGACCUUGAUUCUUAUAUCAAUCACUCAAUCUCUGUUUAUUGUGCCAAAGACUGAGAAUCAGUGCAGUGGAAAGCCUGUUUUUGACUGUCAGGACAGCAUACACUUUUCAAUAUUGGAAAGGCUAUAUAUUAUUCUAAAGAGCACGUUAUUAAAAAGAGUUAUGCUGAGAUGUAUCUUUUUUUGGUACUUA